AUGUGUUCUUUAACACCGUCUGCAUAUUUUGCAUGUUAUACUGUUGAAAAAACUUUUCAAGAAUUAGAUAGCGAUUUAGAAAAUGGUCUUAGUUCAAGUCAGGCGGCUGAGAAGAGAAAAACAAGUGGUUAUAAUGAAUUUGAAGUUGAGGAAGGCGAACAUCCGGUUAUCAAAUUCCUAAAACAAUUUGUAGAGAAUCCACUCAUCCUUUUACUUCUUUGCUCUGCUAUUGUUUCUUUAAUAAUGGGGAAUCAAAAAGAUGCAUUUUCGGUCUUCCUGGCAGUUACCAUAGUCACAGCAGUUGGGUUUGUCCAGGAAUAUCGAUCAGAAAAAUCUCUUGAGGCUCUAAAUAAAUUAGUCCCUCAUCACUGUCAUUUAACUCGUGAUGGUCAUUUAGCAACAGUUUCAGCUACCGAAUUGGUACCAGGAGAUUUGGUCCGUUUUGGUGUUGGUGACAGAGUUCCCGCUGAUAUAAGAUUAGUAACGGCGGUAAAUCUGGAAAUUGAUGAAUCUAAUUUGACUGGUGAAACGAAACCUAGGAAAAAGUCUAUUGAUGUAAUGACUUCAGAAAAUAAUUGUAUAGAAUCAAUUCAAGAAAGAAAAAAUAUUGCAUUUAUGGGGACUCUUGUUAGGAACGGUAAAAAUUUUUUUGAUUUAUUUGAAAUUAAGGCAGAAACUCCAAAAACUCCAUUUCAAAUUAGCAUGAAUGAUCUUGGAAAAAAAUUAUCCUACUUAUCUGGUGCUAUUAUUGCAGUUAUAGUUACUAUUGGUCUUAUACAAGGGAGACAAUGGCUGGAGAUGUUUACAAUUGGAGUCAGUUUGGCAGUAGCGGCUAUUCCUGAGGGUCUUCCGAUUGUUGUAGCUGUAACCUUAGGUUUGGGUGUUUUACGAAUGGCCAGAAAAAAUGCAAUUAUAAAAAAGUUACCUUCUGUCGAAACCUUGGGCUCUGUAAAUGUUAUUUGUGUAGAUAAAACUGGUACAUUGACUGAAAAUGUUAUGACUGUCACAAAGAUAUUUACAUUAGAUGAAGAAACAAUUUUCGAUUUGGAACAUGGUUUGCCUUCUAAAACAACUGUUGCAAUGCGAGAGGUUCUUAAAAUUGGAGGAGUUUGUAACAAUGCAAAAAUUGAUGAUGAAGGAAAAAAAUUUGGGCAGGCUACUGAUGUUGCAUUACUUGAUUGUCUUAUAAAGAUGAACUUGGAAGAUGAAAUAACGCAAAAAUGGAUGUCUGUAACUUGUCGAAGAAAAAACGAUACUUCAUCGCCAGAAAUUGUAUAUUUCAAAGGCUCAAUAGAAGUUGUAUUAGGAAAAUGUUCAUCUUAUUAUGUCUCAGAAACACAUAAACCACCAUUGGACGUUCCAGCGAAAGAGUCGGUGAUGCGACAUGUUACUGCAAUGUCUUCUCUUGGUCUUCGAGUCCUUGCUAUGGCAUCUGGAUCUGAUCACAACAAACUUACUUUUGUAGGAUGUGUUGCAAUGUAUGAUCCUCCGAGAAAAGCUAUAAAGCAAUUGAUUGGUGGUGGUGUCAAAGUAGUCAUGAUAACAGGAGAUUCUGGUCAAACGGCACUUUCAAUUGCACGAAAGUUAGGUAUACCAGUAAAUCCAGCAAAUCAUUCUAAUUGUCUAACUGGUGCAGAUAUUGAAGCUAUGUCGGGUGAAGAUUUAAAGUCGGUUAUUGGUUCAAUAACUGUGUUUGCAAGAACUGCUCCAAAACAUAAAAUGGCUAUAAUACAAGCCUUUCAAUCAAAUGGUUCAAUUGUAGCAAUGACAGGUGACGGUGUAAAUGAUGCACCAGCAUUGAAAAUUGCCGAUAUUGGUAUAUCUAUGGGUAAAAGUGGAUCAGAUGUCUCCCGAGAAGCAGCCGAUAUUAUUUUAGUCAAUGAUGAGUUCGUAACUAUAUUGGAUGCUGUAAAAGAAGGAAAAUCAAUAUUUUAUAAUAUCAGAAACUUUUUAACCUUUCAAUUAAGUACAAGUAUAGCAGCAUUAACGCUGAUUACUAUGUCCACUGUGUCUGGGCUGCCAAAUCCUUUAAAUGCAAUGCAAAUUUUAUGGAUAAACAUAUUAAUGGACGGUCCUCCUGCACAAUCUCUCGGCGUCGAACCAGUAGAUGAAAAUGUAAUGAGGCAACCUCCACGAAAGAAAAAUGCACCAAUACUUACACCAGCACUGAUCAUGCGUGUACUUACUUGCUCUGCGAUUAUCGUUGCUGGUACCUUGUUUACCUAUAUUACUGAAAUGCGAGACGGUAUCGUUACAGCAAGGGACACAACGAUGACAUUUACAUGCUUUGUAUUUUUUGAUAUGUUUAAUGCUUUAAGUUGUCGUUCAGAAAAGAAAUCCAUUUUUAAAUUAGGAAUAUUUUCAAAUCCAAUGUUUAAUUUAGCAGUAGCAUUUUCACUUGUUGGACAAUUAUUAGUAAUUUAUUUACCAUUUUUCCAAGCUGUUUUUCAAACCGAAGCAUUAGGACUUGAUGAUAUUUUUGGACUUAUAGUUAUAACAUCAUCAGUAUUUUGGAUUGAUGAAUUUCGUAAGCAUUAUCAUAAUCAAAAACAAGAUGAUGAUUAUGGAACUGUUGCAGCUAUGGAGAUGGCAUAA